ACUUAUUCCAUUGCCUCUACAGUCUUGUCAGCGGGGAGCGCGGGGGGGAGGUGACAGAGAGCAACAGAGAAAGGGAAGUCCAGGGAGAAAGAGAGCUCAUUCACUUCAACCGCAGCUGACGGCGCGCCAUGCACAGUGCACCACAGGCUGGACAAAGAGCUCUCUACUUUUCUGUCAGUGGUAUAAUGGCGUUCACCACUUUUAUAAAAGACACAGGUAUUCUGUGCCCACUCCUAUUAGGACUACUCCUGCCAUCAGUAUUAGUGUCAGGCCAAUCUUCCACCACCUUGGUUCCCUCCUCUACCACCCAAAACCCCACAAUCACAACUGCACCCACCACCACUAUGACCUCAAACACUCCAACCACAACUGCACCCACCACCACUAUGACCACAAACCCCCCAACCACAACUUCAUCCACCGCCACUACCACCCUGGGUUCCACAGCCAUGGCUUCAUCCACCACCGCUGCCAGCCAGGGCUCCACAACCAUGACUUCAUCCACCAUGACUUCUGGAACUACCACUCAGCCUGCUUCUUCUACCACCUCAAGGUCUACCACAACCUCAGCUGGAGCUGGUUCAACAACCAUGGCCCAGUCAAGCACCUCCAUGACGUCCACCAGUGGCAUGUCUGUAACAAAUGGAACCAUGAUGGCUAAUACUUCUUCAAUGUACAUGCUGUACUGCCCCUCGUUCAUGUGCAACUACUCUGACUGCUACACAAUGUACACCAACCAGAAUACCACUUCUUGCAGCAUUGGUGACAGUUGUCAGCUUUUAAGACAGGACAACAUGUGCUACACUGUUGGCUGCAGCCCCUCUUGUGCCGUUACCUGCGUCAACGCCUCUCAGGUCAACUGUUCUGUGAACUGCUGCAAUUCUACUGGCUGCCUUAAUGACAGCUUCGCAUCCAUGAUGAUGACGACAACCACCAUGGCAAUGACAACAACCACCACACCAGUCCCUACAACAACUACAACCAGUCCACCGACCACAGCAAACAAAGGAAACAAAUGUCAUAAUGGUACGUGUACUGGCACAGAUUGCUACACAGCUUUUAAAACUGCACCCCUUCAAAUGUGCUCCGCCUCACAUCCACAUUGCCAGCUGAAAAAGGAGACUGUAGACUCCACCUUAAAGUGGUCAGCAGGUUGCACCAACUGUUCUGUCCAUACCGCCUGCAAAGCUUCUACACAACCUCCAUGCAACUUGGAGUGCUGCAACGCCACUAUGUCUUCCUGCCUGUGGUUGAAUGGCACACUGAAUGUCCCCUCUUUCGCCACAAGAGGUCCUUACCUUCACACAGGAUUGAUUGCCGCCUCACUUUGCCUGCUUGCCAUCACCUUAAUGAUGUGAGGGACUGAGUGUGCGCUUGCUCAGCUGCUGUGUGGGUCAUUAGGUAACCAGAGCUUUGUGUGACUUCCAGUCCCUCAAGAAAGUAAAUGUAGCAGCGGAGAGAUUAACACUACUUCAUUUACACCCAUGUAUCUGUAUAUUCCUGAUAUUCAUAUGUGAUUGUAUGGAAGAAUGUGAAGCGUCGUCCAAAAGGCGUUUAAAAGGACAACUUUUUGUUUCUUGAAGAUGUUUCCCUGCUCAUGUGAGUGGCUUGAAAGUUGAGAUUUAAAUAGGAAACUCUGUGGGUAAAACCCAUCGGAAACUUGCUUACGGAAACAAGUCAAGCAGGUUUCUGAUGGGGUUUGCCCGCAGUGUUUUAUAUCUAAACCUCAACUUCCCACCUGUCUUUCAGAACGGAAGAAUCAUCUUCAAAAAACUCAGCAACUCCAUUUGCCCUUUUAAACUCACUUUACCUUUUGGAUUACCAUGGCCUGGAUGACUGAGAACCUUCACAGACAUGUAAAGCAUCAGUUGAAAUGUUGAUUUAUAUUUAAUUUGUUUGACUUGAUUUCUUAAAUUUCCCAAUCACUUUCAAUCUCUGGCUCAAAACCAAUGAAAUAAGUGGUUUUGAACAGUAUUUCUUAAAAAUAAAUUUUAAGAAGUAAUUUAAGAUUAAAUACCUUGUAGUUGGUUUUGGGAAUGACCUUACCUAUUAACUGUAAUAGAUUUAAGGUGUUGCCUUAUUAAAGAACCAGAUUUUCAUCUGUGCUGUCCCACUCCAAACUAAUUUUAGACUAAUCUUAAUUUUGGAUGGGUGAGUGAGCCAGUGUGCAGCAUUUCAUUUAACGUGGUUAUAAAUGUUUUAUUAUGACACCCUUCUUCUAGUCGUUGUGAAAGCAAUGCAGCUAUAACUCUAUUUGCACUUUAUGAAACCAAAUGUUGAGCUGUUACAGGGAGUUGUGAUGGUUUGUGAAACAUUUCUGUGAUGUAACCAGUGAUGAAAUGUGCAAGCCAGUGCGUUUAGCUACUUUUUGUCUUAUAUUUUUGUGAAUCCUUGUCUACACUGUGUGGUGUACAAAACAUAUUUUAUGGUAUAAACAUGUCAUGAGAAUCAGAACUUUGUCCAUUUAAUCUAGCUUUGUGUUCUGUACAAAAUAUGAUGAUUGUGCUACGAUGAUCAUGCCUUAAAAUUAAAUAAAUCUAAUCUA